UAUAAUUUUACAAUGUAAAAAUUUAGGUUCGGGUUGCCAGACAAGAACAAAAGAUGCAUUCAGUAGUGGCCAAUAAGUCAGCCUAAUCCUAGAAGAAUAAUGAACUUGAAGAAGAACGUUUAAUUUAACAAUAUUUAAUUACAGAUAAAAUGUUACCCCUGGAGGUUGAAAACCUCAAGGUUCAGCUUCUAGGAGGAGAGUUGAGCCUCGAGGAUUUCUUCUGUUUGAUCAACACGAUGUAUGAGCUGGAUGAGGCCAAAAGUAUGCUGGAUAAGGUUCUGGAGGACCUGGAGAAGGAUAUUGCAAAGAAUGUCUGGAGAACAGAUAUUAAACUCUGCUCUACUCAAUUGCAAAGAAUGUGCGAGGAGCUCUACGGCUGCUCAGCCUCAAUAGUUCAGCCAGAUGGACAGGAAAUAGAGGACUUAAUCUAUCAAAGUGAUUCUGACAGUUUUCUCGACACUACUGAUGAUUUUCAUGAUGAUGGAAAGCUGAAACCUGACGACUCGUUGAUUGCAUUAAAUUUGGCUUUAAAAGAGGUUGAGAUUCAGGAGAAUAAUGAUGAUCAGAGUGAAGAAGGAAGAGAGGCGAAGAAGAAGAAGAAAAAGAGGAAGAAAAACAUUGAUAAUGAUAACGAACCAGUUUUGUUAUGGUUUAGACGAGAUUUAAGAAUAUAUGACAAUCCUGCCUUGAAUCGAGCUGCAGAGUUAAAUAAACCAAUAAUACCGGUCUUUCUCUGGUCAGAGAAGGAGGAGGGUCCUUUAGCGGCAGGUUAG